UUAAGCGGGCAGAGUACAUUUCAUGUUUGGCACCUGCAAAAACAUCCCAAAGUCCUUCUUCCCAUCUGCUCUCCGUGCUGUGGCCUUGACUACUUGUACCAAAAUCUCAGCAUCCUCAGUAUUUAAUACAAGGACACUUUUCUGGUUGUUGUUUAAAUUACACUCUUAAGGCUGUGUACAUGUGUUCAAGUCUAACUCCGGUGCUGAGAUGGAUUUUUAUUUCCUUUGAAGAUGGCAGGUUUGGAACUGUUCCAGGAAAACAGUUCUUCCUUGAGGCUAUCAGUUGGGUGGUGAUUAACUUCAGAAGAAGGUCAUCAGCUUCCUGGGAGACUCAGUGCUCACAUGGACGACCCAUUAAGCAUCCUAAUCUUGUGACUUUGUAACUUCACCAACAUCGGCACAUCUCAUCUCUGCUCCACUUCAGACACACCCACAGCCACAGCCUGUGCUGCAAAGCCAACUUUGCAACUGCUGCAUCUUUGAAUGUGGUUAUGAUGACAACUUUUCUGCAGGUCUGAGGGAGUUGAACUCACCAAAUAUAUGUCUAAAGUUGCAUAGUAUGGAGCAAUGGAUGAGAAGCAUUCUCACCGACUGCAAACCAGACCCUUUGCAAUCAACAUACAGAAAUCCCCUUGUUAUAUUUCCAUCGUGAGAAGCGCGACCCUGUGGGAGAGAAGCCUUUCCCGUGGAAAUCCCGCCCCUCGCCGUGAAAGAACUGCCUCGCCCUGCUCCAGAGUGGCUGCUCACACGAGGAAUUUCUCUGAAUCCCUCAAACUUAGCCAUCUUGGUGUUCCUCAUUUUCCAGGAAGGACUCAGACUCCAAUGUCCUGUAAAAAACUGUUGUGCACCCACCAGAACAAUACCCCCAGUUGUCCUGCUGUAAGUAUAGCUCCUUCCAAAGAACAAAGCCAUGGAGAAGUCAGUCCCUUCCUAGCACCAUCCAGUGCAUGGGACAAGACCCCACUGAUCUUCACUGUCAAUCGAGAAAUUCAUAAGAGAGACAGAGGAGCACCCAAGCAGAGCUGGAGCUGUCCAUUCGUGAAACAGCAAAUGGCAGAAAUGCCUAUGGGAUGUUACUCGGUGUACCCUGUGUGCCUGGAGGCUGUAGGCACACACAUCAGCAGACAUGUGAGAGCUCGGAACCAGCCUUCUCCCAGUUCAAAGAGAGAUUCCGUCCCACCUGGUCCUGCUGCGAGGCCUUCCACUGUCCUCGGGAUCUGCAGGAGAAGCCAGAUUUCCGGCGCCCCUUUGAAGGUCUCCGGGGGUUCCUCGGAGUCCCAGAUGGAGGAGAGGAUGGCAGCUGAAGUGGGUGCUCUGGCCAACCCGGAUUCCCUAAGCGCCCUCCAGGGUGCGCCUGAAAGUCCAGUUGGAAGAGGCGCCGUUGCCAUGGCACCAGAGACGCUCCCCAAGCAUCCUCAUCCCCCGGGGAAAAGGGGGCCCAGGGCAGACGCCUCCCUUCCUGGCAAUCUGGCAGGAGCACCCCUUUCUCAGUUUGCCGGGUCUGCCACCCAGCUCCCCUCAAAGGGGUUAAUCAAGGCUUGGUCUUGUCCCCCCAUGCGCCCACCCCAGCGCUUCCAGACGGCUUGUUCACAGGCCCCUCCCUGGCCGGGGGUGAAUGCUCACUGACGCUGACCGCUGCGAGGGGAUUGUUCUGCGAGCGCGGCCCACCUUCAAAUCAAUGCCUGCGCAGAACAACAAAAAGGGCCUCAGAUGCACUGGUUUCCACAGCACCAUUGUUAGGCUUUUGUGAAGCAGUUUUGAACCUAAUAAAUAAUGUCAAAAGUCUCUAUCGCCGCCAAAAAUGUUCCUUUUGAAGCAUUUCUAAUGGUAUUUUUGUUCCGCGGUGUCUCCCAGUGUCACAAAGAAUUUGUGCCUCACAAUGGGAAUGGGGUACAUCGCGUGCCACUGCGCGACGUGCCUCCAGGGACUGCGGGGACCCCGCUUUGU